AUGGUACAUUCCAACAACUCCUCCCGAAUCGCAUCCAACAACCGACGUCGCAAGUUUCGCAAAAUGAGCAUAUCUAAGAAGGAGAAGAUGGAGAUGUCUUGGAGACGCCCGACCAACGACGACACCGGCAAGUCGGCGCAGAUUAAGGAACAGCCACAAGCUUCUGACCCGGGUAUCACACAAAAGCUCGAAGUCGGCGAACGCAAGAUAUGGGAGUGGCCUACACCUAAGGCUCGCGUUCCCGGAAACACUCCCGACCCUGGCCCCGUGCCGCUCGAGGAGCGCGCACUGAAAGCGUUGCAAAUGGAACUGGCAAAGAAGAAGGUCUUCCACGAGUUCUACACGUGGCAAAAACACCAAAAGGUACCAUUGAGUCCCGUGGAGAUCUGGGUUUAUGAAAUGCGGAGAUUGCACUUUUCUGGACACCUGCUUUGCACUGAGAAGGAGUUUGAAGAGGGCCAUCCGGUCAAGACUAUCCUCAAACGAGGUGAAACAUGA